AUGGACGGCUCAAAUCGUAUUGUUCUCACUCGUGACGCCUACACGGUAGGCUGGCUUUGUGUUCUGGACUCCGAGCAGAAUGCCGCCAGAGCUCUCCUAGACGAACUGCACGUCUGUCCACCUACCCCCCGCGAUGAGAACGCAUACAUGGUCGGCCGCAUGGCGAAGCACAACGUCGUCAUUGCUAGACCUGUUGGUCAAGGAAAAGCCAAUGCUGCUGACGUUGUGGUGAACAUGACUCGUACAUUUCCCCAGAUCCGGUUUGGAUUGCUGGUAGGUGUUGGGGGAGGCGCCACAGACUCGCCCGACCCCUAUGUUGGAAAGAGAGAUAUUCGGCUCGGAGAUGUUGUUGUCAGCAAGCCUCAUGGCAAGCACGGUGGAAUUCUGCAGUACGAUGCAGGUAAAAGGUACCCUGAAGGGUACAAAAUCAUAUCGCACCUGGACAAACCGAACCCUGCCUUGAUCUCGGCAGCCAAUAUGCUCCAAUCAAACCACAGUUUCAAGAAGGGGAACAUGGAAGUAUAUGUACAGGACGCGAUCUCCAAGCUUCGGGAUCUGGAUAUGCCGUAUUUUGGCUUUCCGGGUCGCGAGCAUGACCUGCUGUUCCGGGCAGAGUAUCGCCAUCCUGACGAAGGUGAGGACUGCAGCAACUGUGACCGAGCACAAACAGUCGACCGGGCCCCGCGACCGCAAGAUGGUCCCUCCGUCCAUUAUGGGCUCAUUGCAUCUGCAGACCUCACUAUGAAAGACCCGAUGUUUCGGGAUGAGCUUCGCAAGUCCAAAAAAGUACUUUGUUUCGAGAAGGAAGCGGCGGGCCUGAUGGAUCGCUUCCCAUGCAUUGCCAUCCGGGGUAUCUCGGACUAUGCGGACACUCAUAAAUGCAAGAAGUGGCAGCCGUAUGCUGCUAUAACUGCUGCGGCUUAUGCAAAAGACCUAUUGGCGUUGCUUGACCCCGACAAAGUUACCGAGGAUACGGCGGCGGCGAAAGUUCUUGAACAAUUAAACGAUAAAGUCGACAGGAUGGGCACGACACUAGACACCCAAUUCCGCCGCGAAUUUCUGGAUUGGCUCUCUAUUUUGGACUUCAAAGCCGAGCAGGAAGAGCUGUUUGGCAGAUCCGUGCCAACGGGGAAGUGGCUUCUUGAAUCUGAUGUAUUCAGACGUUGGGUCGAAGGAAGUCGCUGGCAACUUCGAUGUUGCGGCGAGGCUGGCACAGGCAAGACCAAUCUCUGUGCUAUAGUGGUUCACCACCUCCAAACGGCUCUUGAUUCACCAAAACCAGUCAUCUAUCUUUAUCUAAGUGAUGAUGAACAUAGACGAGUCAACCAAACACCAGACCGUCUUCUGGGUAGCAUGCUAAAGCAGCUAAUCUUGUGCGAUCCCAACGUCGAUAUACCACCGAAGCUCAUAGAGGCGUACCAGGGUCGUGGCAAUGGAGCACUUUCGACUAGAGACAUCAUGAAGCAGACGUUCCAGGACUUAGUGGCCAAACAGGAUCGCGUAUAUCUUAUAGUUGACGGCCUGGAUCAAUGCUCUCCGGAGGUUUUAGAGCUUAUCAAGGAAUAUGCCCUGGGGCUCAUUCAGGAUGGCCUUCCCUUGAGUUUGCUUACCACCUCACUGGGAUACCGAGAAGUUAACAGUGCCAUCUAUUGCAAUCACUGCCUCAGAGAAGACCUUCAGAUAUAUUUUAAUUGCGAGUGUAAGGAUGGACUAUUUGACUUGUGUCUGGACUGCAAACAACAAGGGAUCACCUGUCCCAAGAAACACGAUGGCGAGGAGCUAUAUGACACAGUGCGAGUGGAGAUAUGUGUUCAAGAUGACGAGCUCCAGGAAUAUUGUCACGAGAUGAUCACUCGAGCACUGAAAACGUGCCGUGAUCGACGUGAUAAACGCGUGCAUCCGUCGCCGAAGUAUAACUCCCGGGGCGUUGCGCGAUACCUAUGCGAUAAGCCCGACCUAGUUAACCGUAUGUCUCGAGUGAUUGCAAUAAAAGCAAGACGCAAUUUUAUCAUUGCGCAGGCUUGGAUAGAGAAGCUGUUUGACGAGGACAAGGAGCCAGAGAACGACCAGAAAGCGCUUCAGCCCCUGAUCGACAUACCACUCGAACCUUUGACCGCGUACUUUGAUGAACGGAUUGAGAAGCUCAAGAGGUACAAGAAAGCGAGUCAGCUACAUGUAGCAUUCAUGACAUUUGCCUUGAUGAUGUCGGCUCGUCGGGAUCUAACCAUACUGCAAUUGCGGCAUGCCUUGGCCCUCAUUUCAGGCAAAGUCGUGAAGUCAAACCUAAACGAUAGGACUUUCAUCUUGCAGUCGACAAAUGGGUUAAUUACCAUUGACAAAGCUGACGAGCCGCACUCUUUCGUACGAUUUUUUCACGUUGCACUGUCAGCUGUGCUCGCCAAAAGUGACCAUCAUCCAUCUUUGAAGCGGGCAGAGUACGAGAUGGCAAAGGUUUGCCUGAAGUACUUACAGGACGAGGAUUCUUUGAAGCACUAUGAUAAUAUCACGGCAUAUCCUUUUCUGCCCUACGCUCUACGAUUUUGGGGAGACCACGUUCGCAAAGCGAACGAUCGGGGGAUUGAGGAGGAAGCGGUUCGGUUUCUCAAAGAUCCGGUUCAAUUUGCACGGCUCAUACGAGAAGCCGCGAAGCAUGGUCCGAAGGCGUCUGCGGAGUGGAUUCAUGAAGCUGCGGAUGUUCUUCAUCUUUGUGCUUGGUUCGGUUUAGCCAAUAUGGUCAAUCUCCUGAUUACUGAAAACUAUGAUGUCGGCGUACGUGAUCAUAAAUACAGCCGUACUCCCUUACGAUACGCUUGCAUCAAUGGCCAUGUCGAGACAGUAGAAGGCUUAUUGAAGCACAACUCUCCAGUGGAGGAGGAGGCAGUGGUCGACGCUAUGUGUGGUUUAAUUUGUGCGGAUCGUUGCGAACAGGAGAGGCGGCAACGGAUUGUUGAAGAGCUUCUGGAGACAGGCAAUAUCAACACCAAUGCCGGAUUGGGCGUAAAGAGCCGAACGGUCCUCAUGCUUGCGCUGGGCCACGGUCAUUAUGACUUCGUUGAGUUGUUCCUAAGUCAUAAAUCAAUCGACGUCGACACUCAGGAUUCGAAUGGCUUUACUGCAUUAAUGUUUGCGGUAUAUGCAGAGGAGGGCGUUACGAUCGAAAUAAUCGAUAGUAUGGCAGACGAUGUACAAAUUGUGCCUUAUGAAUUUUUCAACGAGAUCCGCUACGAGAGAUACAGAUGCCCGGGGCUUGUCAAAUUAUUAUUGCGAAAGGGUGCUAACCCAAACAUGAGAGACAACGCCGGUAACUCGACCUUGAUAUGGGCCAUCAGACUGGGCGGGCUGGAUGCUGUACAAACCCUCCUCGAGUGCGAGAGGUUAGACCUGCAAGCUGAAAAGGAGCUUAUCCACACAGCGAGCGCAAUGGGCCACCCCGAGAUUAUCCAUUUACUCCACUCGGCCCUUUCGCAGAGUAACAGGUUCCAUGUCUAUAACAUAAACACCCAAGACAAACGCGGAUUGACACCACUACACUAUGCUAGCCUUUCGAACAGCGCACGUGCAGGUGAAGUGGCAGAGAUGCUGCUCGAGCUGGGCGCAGAUCCCAACCUCACAGACGCCAGGAGCUGUACACCUUAUAUGAUGGCUUCCCUUCUUCAACAGACACAAGUCAUAAAGGUGCUACAGAGCAAAACCACAUCACUCAAUGGGGAAACCAGAAGCAUGUUGGAUCUUCCUGCUUUGACCCUCGCCAAACAUGGCCAUUGGGAAUUGCUUCGAGAAGUAAUUACCUCCGGGAGGACUGACCUUACAUACAAAUGCAUGUUGAGUGGUGAUACCCUGGUACACAUGGCAACGGCGGCCAAUGAAACUGAUAUUUUGCGCUUACUUCUCAGCAAAUUCAACUUGCGACCAGACAUUGCAAUCAAUGAGCAAGGACGUACGCCACUGCAUCUGGCGAGCAGUGUAGAAAUCGCCACGUUAUUAGUCGAGAACGGCUACCAUAUCGACUCAACGGAUUUUAAUAAUGAUACACCAUUGGACAUUGCGCGUCGAUGGCCUGGAAUCUGUGAUGUCGCUGACUAUCUUGAAAAUGAGCUAAAGAUGUCCGAGCAAAAGCACGGUAUGGAGAUAUGGGUGCAAAAGAUUAAAGGUGGAAUUGUGACAGUGUUGAGCGAGCUCACUGUGACUGUUCAUGAUCGUGGUUUGACUUCGGGCAAUUGGACUGGGCGACUGAAGCGUUGUAGCCUCCACCUACUGCUAAGUACCCUUCUUUUACUUAUAAUGUAUAUAUAA